AUGAGAGAACAGCCACCUGACUAUGUUGUGGACGAUGUCCCAGCUGAAAAUGAAGGAGACGAGAUCAACGGUGGAGCGUCGUCGUGGGUGCGGCUGCUGCCGUGUGGGACGCGCGUCCGGAAAACGGUACCGCCAUGGGACACGGACUACUACAGCCGCACAGCCAAGAUGGCGGACAUGCGCAACGAGAUUGAUAUUUACAACCACUUGCCCAAGGGCCAUCCGCGGUUCCUGACCAUGCUGGCCAGCUUCGACCACGGCCUCCAUGUCGGCAUCGACCUGCCGUAUUUGCCCAACGGCACGCUGCGGACGUAUCUCGAGAGGAACCACGUUGAGUUUGUUCCUGCCGAGGAUGGUACGGCGCCACCGGUCCCCGUCAUAUCACCACGUCUGCGCGCGCGCUGGGCUGUGGAAAUGGCCGACGGCAUCGGCUUCCUGCACGAGCACGGCAUCAUCCACUGCGACAUCAAGCCGCACAACAUGCUGCUCGACGACACGCUGGGCGUGCGCAUCAUCGACCUCGCUGGCUCCAGCCUCUGCGGCCGCCGCUCGUAUUGCUGCGAGAGCGAUCGGUUCUUUAUGCCGCGCGACCGGCACAAGCUCGACGGCACGGUGACGACGGACCUCUUUGCCGUCGGCAUGAGCCUCUUUGAGAUUGUCACGGGCGCGCAGCCGUACGGCGAGAUUGCGGACCGCCGCGAGAUCCGGGACCGCUACCAGCGCGGCGCGUUUCCGUCGCUGGCGGCCGUGCCGGCGCCCGUGCCCGGCAGCGACGACGACCGGCUGCCGCCCACGUACAUUACCAAGUACAUGAGCAGCAACCCGGACGAGGUGGGCUGGCACGGGGCGCCGGCCAACACGUCGGUCAAGGCGCGGUCGAUGGCGCCGACGGACGCGAGCGGGCGGGACAUACUGUUUGCGGGCGCCAUACGGCGGUGCUGGCACGGGCAGUUUGCGUCGGCGGCCGACCUGCUGGUGGCGCUGGCGGAGGACAUCCGAGUCACAUUUUGCGACGACGAUGUAGCCUACAUGGAAGCAGCGAGCGGACUGUCGCUGCGUGGCCCCGCGCGCCCACCUGUGCACAAAGACCAGCAGCUCGCGGUGCAGCACGUCCUUGUGUGUGUGGCUCAGAAAGUGCACGCCGCCGGGGCACGGCACCAGCCGCGCGUCGGCCGCGUUGGCAAAGAGAGGCAGGUCGGCCGCGGCCUGCUGCAGGGAGAAGACGGCGUCGGCCGUGCCCUGCAGCCACAGCACGGGGCAGCGCACGCACGGCAGCCGCGCGCGCAGGCCGUCGCGCGUCGCGAGGGCCACGGCGGCCAUGACGAUGCGCUGCUUGCCGGCCGCGCCGUGGUAGUUGCGCGCAAGGGCCGUGGACCAAACGCCGCGGAUGGCCGGCGUCACGGUCGGGCCAAAGCCAAUCUCCAUCAAGAAGUCGCAGUAGCCGUCGCCCGGCACAAAGUCCGCGUCGGCAGCCGCGUCGGUGGUGGGCGCGCCGGCCUGCGCCACGAAACCCGCGGUGGCGGCAGGGCCGUCCCAGCAGCCGAGCGCGCGGCUCUCGGCGGACUCGGCGUCCAUGGACGAGCCGACGGGCACGACACCCAAGACGCGGGUGGGCGCCAGCAGCGCCAGGCGCACAGCGAUCCAGCCGCCCUGGGACGUGCCGAGGGCAAAGAACGUGUCGAUCCCGAGCGCGUCGAGCAGCUGCAGGGCCAUGUGCGCCGAGUCCCAGUAGGUAAACGUGGCGCCGGCGCCCGACCGGGCCACUGUGCGGCCGUGGCCCAAGGGCUCGACGGCGACCAGGUUGGCAGCCGCGCACAGGUCCGCAUUCUGGAACUCGGGCUCGUAGUAGUCGGCGGUGGCCGUGAACGGGUUGAAGAGCACGACGGUGGGCUUGGCGCGGUCAAUGGCCGGCUGCGACAGCCGGUAGCCGACGUCGAUGCCGCCGAGGUGCGGGACGAAGAGUGUUUGGGUGGUAGUUGA